AUGGCGAAACAAUGCUUUGUUGCGGUAAAUGGCAGCCAAGCGGCCAAAGGGUUCGUCCAAAUGAUUGAAGGGCCCGAGGGUAAAGAGGUCCUUGAAGAUGUAGAAAGAAAGGCCGAGGAAAAGUCGGUCGAAGAUUUGGUGGAAGUGCGCAUUGACGAGAACGAUCCAACUAAAUUCUUCCUCUUGGGAUCAUCCUUGUCUAGCGCUGAGCGGAUGGAUUAUGUCGACUUCUUGGUUUCCAAUUUGGAGGCCUUUGCCUGGACGCCUUACGACAUGCCUGGCAUCGACCUGAGCUUCAUUUGUCAUCAGUUGAAUGUCUUCCCCAAUGCACGGCCAGUCAUUCAAAGGACGCGCCGCUCAGCCUUGCAUCAUGUUGAAGUAGUGGCAGAAGAAGUGAAGAAUCUGUUGGAAGCUGGGGCCAUAGAGGAGAUAGCCAUGUAUAAACCGAACAAAGAGAUCACGUCGUUCACAACCCCCAGAGGCUUAUAUUGCUACAAAGUCAUGCCGUUCGGACUAAAGAACGCCGGGGCAACUUUCCAACGGAUGGUGACAAAGAUGUUCGCCCCAAUGCUGGGCCGCACCAUGGAGGCCUACAUCGACGAUAUGGUGGUGAAAAGUAAGGAGAAAGCUCAGCACCUCUCCGACCUAGCAGAGAUGUUUGCUAUACUUAAACGCCACAAGCUUCGUUUGAAUGCUUCCAAAUGCGCCUUCGGAGUCGGCACCGGGAAGUUUUUGGGUUUUCUGGUCACAGAUCGAGGGAUUGAAGCUGACCCAUCACGGAUCAAGGCUAUACAAGACCUGGAGCGUCCUAACUCCACGAAGGACUCCAAGUUCUUCUGGGACGACGAGUGCGACCGUGCACUAGCAGACCUGAAAGCAUAUCUCUCCUCAGCCCCUAUUUUGGUAACACCUCAGCCGGGCGAAGAGCUGUACCUCUACUUGGCUGUCUCUCAACACGCAGGCAACGCGGUAUUGGUUCGUGCUGAAGGCAUCCAGCACCUACCGACCUUCUAUGUAAGCAAGACUCUGCUCCCAGUCGAAACGAGAUAUCUUCCGUUGGAAAAAUUGGCGCUGGCCCUAAUGAUGGCGUCAAGAAAGCUGGCACACUAUUUUCAUGCCCAUACAAUAGUUGUGUUAACCGAGUUCCCGCUCAAAGUGCUUUUCGAAAAGGCAGACUUCACUGGGAGAAUUUUGAAAUGGGCCGUGGAAUUAGGGCAAUAUGACAUCAAGUUCCGACCGCGCAGCGCAAUCAAGGCUCAAGCACUUGCUGACUUUUUGGCGGAAUUUGCCCCUGGGAUGCAUACAGUCUGCCCAAUUGAUUUGGUUGGCGCGGAUUUAGCACAACCCAUGGUUCUGACAACAAAAACAAGUGUUGGUGCGCAAGACGAGGAAAGAGACCAGAAUGAGCCAACCAGAGACUUGGAAUUGAGAAGCUCCCAGAACCCCUCUGAUUGCUGGAAACUGUUUAUUAGCGAGAUGUGGAAGCUUUUCGUUGAUGGGGCGUCCAACAGACAUGGGGCCAGGCUGGGCAUCGUGCUGAACUCGCCAAACGGGCUGAUCAUCGAGCAGGCAAUUACACUCGGCUUCCCAGCAUCCAACAACGAGGCUGAGUAUGAAGCUCUCCUUGCUGGACUAAGAAGCGUGCUGAGAAUGAAAGCCACAGCCCUUAUGGUAUUUAGUGAUUCCAAGUUGGUGGUCAAUCAGGUCUCAGGGGAGUAUGAGGCAAAGGACGAAAGAAUGGCCAAGUAUCAGGCGCUGGUACGCGCAAAGAUCAAGAAGUUCGCUGCAAUAAGGAUGGAACAAAUCGACCGCGAGGAAAACAGCGCGGCUGAUGAAUUGGCCGGACUUGCUUCUGCUCAGACAGCUUUUCCUAACCCCUUGAUGAUAGAAUUUUUAACCCGGCCAAGCAUUGAGGAACCAGAAUCAGCCGAGGUACUCUGCACCGACUUGGGCCCUUCUUAG